GACUGGAACAUGCACCACAGCUGCUUGGCAGAAGGCGUCCCCAGAGUUGCAGGCAACUCCUGGAUCUCCGGCACUCACACUCCCCUCUCUGCCCCAAACUUGGCCUUCCCCAACUGGGCCUACAAAGUUGAGUCAUCCCCAGGCUCCCGGCAGAUCCAGCUGUGGCACUUCACCUUGGAGCUGCUGCAGAAGGAUGAGUUCCACCAUGUCAUAAUUUGGCAGCAGGGAGAGUACGGGGAGUUUGUCAUUGAGGAUCCAGAUGAGGUGGCUCGCCUCCGGGGCCACAGGAAGUGCAAACCACAGAUGAAUUAUGACAAGCUGAGCUGGGCCCUCAGACAUUACUACAACAAAAAGAUCCUGCACAAGACCAAAGCUAAAAGGUUCACACACAAGUUCAACUUCAGCAAGCUCAUCAUAGUCAACUAUCCUCUAAGGGAGGUUCAGGCACCACCAGCCCCCAACCUACUGCUGGGGGGCCCUGUCUUGUUUUGGCCAGCCAUGGUGCCCAUGGGUAUGCAGAGUGAGCUCCUACCCAGCAUGCUGCUCACCCACUGGGCCAUGGUAGAGCAAAUAGCUAGACAGUGGACCUCCUGCAGGACACCAGAGGCCUCUGAGGAUAAGAAUGGGAGCAGUAGUGUCUACCAUGAGUGCUUGAGAAAGGGGAGGGCCCAGGGGACCUUAACCAGAGAAGGAGAGCACCAUUUGGAUGAACAAAUGGGUGAGGGAGCAUGA